AUGGGUGUUCCGUCAUUUUUCAGAUGGCUGUCUCGAAAGUAUCCGAAAAUCAUAUCCCCCGUGUUAGAGGAGCAACCUCAAGUAGUUGAUGGUGUAAUAUUACCAUCGGAUUAUUCUGCUCCAAAUCCAAAUGGCGAGUUAGACAACCUGUAUUUGGAUAUGAACGGUAUUGUUCAUCCUUGCUCACAUCCAGAAAACAAACCACCUCCAGAGACUGAAGAUGAAAUGCUUUUAGCGGUUUUCGAAUAUACCAAUCGUGUAUUAAACAUGGCUAGACCUCGCAAAGUGCUUGUUAUGGCUGUUGAUGGUGUUGCUCCUCGUGCCAAAAUGAACCAACAGAGAGCUCGUAGAUUCAGGAGUGCUAGAGAUGCUCAAAUUGAGAACGAAGCCAGAGAGGAAAUAAUGAGACAACGAGAGGAAGUUGGCGAGAUAAUCGAUGAUGCCAUUAGGAACAAGAAAACUUGGGAUUCAAAUGCAAUCACACCGGGUACCCCAUUUAUGGAUAAGCUUGCAGCAGCUUUACGUUAUUGGACCGCAUUUAAACUUGCCACAGACCCUGGUUGGAAAAACCUACAGGUGAUUAUAAGUGAUGCCACUGUCCCAGGUGAAGGGGAGCAUAAAAUUAUGAAUUUUAUUAGGUCUCAAAGGGCUGAUCCUGAGUAUAACCCUAACACUACGCACUGUAUAUACGGUUUGGAUGCUGACUUGAUUUUUCUGGGCCUCGCUACUCAUGAGCCACACUUCAAGAUUUUAAGAGAAGAUGUUUUUGCUCAAGAUAACCGGAAAAGAAAUAACUUCAAAGACACCAUAAAUAUGACUGAAGAAGAAAAACAGUUCAUACAAAAGCAAAACUCUGAACAACCUUUUUUAUGGCUGCAUAUAAACGUUUUGAGGGAGUAUUUAUCUGCUGAAUUAUGGGUUCCCGGCCUUCCAUUUACUUUUGAUUUAGAAAGAGCUAUUGACGAUUGGGUUUUCAUGUGCUUUUUCUGUGGUAAUGACUUUUUGCCGCAUUUACCAUGUUUAGAUGUCAGAGAAAAUAGUAUUGAUAUUCUUUUGGAUAUUUGGAAGGUGGUAUUACCACGAUUGAAAACAUAUAUGACUUGUGAUGGUGUCUUGAAUCUUCCUUCUGUUGAAACAUUACUGCAACACCUUGGCUCUCGAGAAGGGGAUAUCUUUAAAACAAGGCACAUCCAAGAAGCUAGAAAGAAAGAGGCUUUUGAAAGAAGAAAAGCACAAAAGAAUAUGUCGAAGGGUCAAGACAGGCAUCCCAUAGUAGCUACUGAACAACUGCAAAUGUAUGAUACGCAAGGUAAUUUAGCAAAAGGCUCAUGGAACUUGACUACCAGUGAUAUGGUGAGAUUGAGAAGGGAACUUAUGCUAGCAAAUGAAGGGAACGAAGAGGCAAUUGCUAAAAUUAAAGAACAGAGUGACAAGAACAAUGAAAUAAUAAAGGACAUCAGUAAGGAAGAGAUUGAUGAUGCCGUUAACAAGGCUAACAGAUCUAAUUUUAAUCUUGCAGAAGUCAUGAAACAAAAGCUUAUCAACAAAAAACAUCGUCUUGAAAACGAUAAGGAAGAGGAGGAAGAAACUGCUAAAGAAAGCAAAAAAGUUAAGGCGGAGAAGGCGGAGUCAGAGGACAAUCUUGAUGCGGAGAUCAAGAGUGAAAUUGUAGCCGAUGUAGAUGAUAGAGAAGAAUCCGAAACUACGAGAGAUUCAUCCGUUCGAAGUAAUAUUGUUGUCAGUGAAGGUCCCCAAAAUGGAGUUUUUGAUACGGACGAAUACGUCAAACUAUUUGAACCUGGUUAUCACGAAAGAUAUUACACUGCAAAAUUUCGCAUUCCUCCCCAAAAUAUUGACCAGCUAAGAAAAGAUAUGGUGAAAUGCUAUAUCGAAGGCGUUGCCUGGGUGCUAACGUAUUACUAUCAAGGUUGUGCUUCCUGGAAUUGGUUCUAUCCGUACCAUUAUGCCCCCUUGGCAACCGAUUUCCAUGGAUUCUCUCACUUGGAGAUAAAGUUCGAAGAAGGUACCCCAUUUUUACCUUAUGAACAAUUAAUGAGUGUUUUGCCAGCUGCAUCUGGUCAUGCUUUGCCAAAAAUUUUCCGAUCUCUGAUGUCUGAACCUGAUUCUGAAAUUGUUGACUUUUAUCCUGAGGAGUUUCCUAUAGAUAUGAAUGGUAAGAAGAUGUCCUGGCAAGGGAUAGCAUUACUGCCAUUUAUCGAUCAAGACAGAUUAUUAGCGGCAGUCCGUGCCCAAUAUCCUUUACUUUCCGAUGCUGAGAGGGCAAGAAACGUUCGCGGAGAGCCUGUUUUACUAAUAAGUGACAAAAAUGCCAAUUAUGAGAGAUUUUCGAAGAAACUGUACUCGAAAGAUAACAACCGCACUAUUGAGGUGAAGUUUCAACAUUUCAGGAGUGGACUAAGCGGUAUUGUGUCGAAGGACGUCGAGGGUUUUGAAUUAAAUGGGAAAAUGGUAUGCCCAAUUCAAGGAGGAUCAUUACCAGAUUUAUCUACUAGUUUGAUCUUAAAGAUGUCUUACAGAUUAAUUCCGUUGCCAUCAAGAAAUAAGUCCAUCAUACUGAAUGGGUUCAUUCCGUCAGAGUCGGUACUAACGGCAUAUGAUCUUGAUUCCAUAAUGUACAAAUAUAAUAACCAAAAUUAUUCCCGUCGUUGGAACUUUGGAAAUGAUAUGAAGCAAAAUAUUGUCCCAGUUGGACCCAAGGGUAUCACCCAAUACAAACCAAGAACUGGUGGUUAUCGUGCAUUUUUUUACUUCGCUGAACUCAGGAACAAUACUCAACCUGUUUACAACCAUAGUAAGAGCGGCUACCACACUCAAUCUGGCUCCAAUAACAGUAGAUAUAAUACUGGAAACAAUAGUUAUAGGCAGAAUUCAAGUUUCAGGAACAAUAACUUUCCGGGAAAUAGAAAUGGUGGACAUUACGGCGGUAACAGCUACUCUCGGAAUAACAAGCAAAGUCGAUAUGACAAUUCGAGGACAAAUGAGCGCUAG